AUGGCGGAGGCGGCCGACACGGCUCCAGCGCAGCAGCAGCAGGCUGCUAGAGUAGUUUCGACGACGACGACGACGGCCAGCGACGUCUCCGCGUCCGCGUGGCUGCAGCAGGUGCUCGCGCUGCUGUUCCCGUCCAACCUCGCCGCGAAGGCGGCGCUGUUCGCGCUCGUGGUGGUGCUGCCGCUGCUGCCGUCGGGGCAGGCGGAGGCGCCCAGGAUCUGGGAGCUGCCGCACCUCCUCCUGCUCGGCAUCAUCAUCUCCUACGGCGUCUUCGGCCAGAAGAACGCAGACGCCGCCGAGGUGGCCGCGGCGGCGGCGGGAGCGGCUGCCGACGACACCAAGCUGCUGCCCGUCGUCGACAACGAGGCGGCGGUGGAGGCCUACGUCUCGCAGAUGAUGCAGGGCUCGCUGGUCUUCGAGGAAAACGACGAUGAUGGAGCCAGCAAGGAUGGCGGUGGCGUCCAGCAGGCGUGGAGCUCUCAGUACCUUCCAGACGACCCGCUCGUGGUCGUCGCGGACACUUCAGCGCCAGGGACCAACAGCGGCAACGACGUCAUCACCGACACGGGUGAGAAACCACUCCUCCUGCCCGUCAGGAAGCUGAAACCAGCGGGCGAGGAGUCGGCGGCGGCGGCGACACCAGAACCAGCAGGGGAUAUGAUGAGCGACGGCAGCGGCAUUGAGGAGGAGGAGGAAGAAGAAGAGUUACUCCUAGCUCCCAAGUCGGGAACGGGAUACGACGUCGUGCGCGAUCACGCCAUCCCUUCGCCGUCCUCCGUCCUCGACGCCGACCUGACCCUCUCGCCGUCGUCGCCGCCUCUGCUCCCGCCUCCGCCUCCUCCUCCGCCGCCGCCGUUUCUCGGCCGCCGCGGGCGACGCAGCAGCCUCCUGAAGGCCAAGGCGAGAAGCUUCAACGAAUUCGGAACACUUAGUAGCAACCGGAGCCCGAACGGAAGUCUGGGCUCGCACAGCGCCACGCGCGCGGGCAACAAGCAGUUCCGGUCCAGAUCCGCGGUGCAAGCGACGAGGAGCACCUUCGGCCGUCGCUACGAUCCUGUAGUGCCCAUCGACGACGAAGCAGACGACGAGACGUUGUCGUUGGGUGAGAUGGCUGCAGCGUCGGACAGCUCGUUCAGCAGUGAUCUCGACGACGAUGACACCAUCAAGGAGGAAAACAGCUGCGAAGAUAACGGGGUUGAUGAGGACGGCGACGGCAACUCGUGCGACGAGGAGCUGUUUGAGCUGGCGACGAGGCCGGGACCGGAGGGGGAGACGGAGACGGAGAUGGAAGAGGUGGAGGACGAGGUGGACAGGAAGGCCGACGAGUUCAUAGCCAAGUUCAGGGAGCAGAUUAGGAUGCAGAGGGUCGAGCCGGCCAGGAGAUGA